AUGGUGCCAGAUACCACCUUCAAAAGAGAUUUAUCAAAAGAAUUACUCGAAAUCUUCAUAAAAGGAUACGAAAAUGACCGAGUAAUACAAGUGGAGGUAAACGAAUGGUUCAAAACACACAGUGAACCACCAGCACAAAUAUUUCAAAUGAUAUUCGAGCGAAGUAACGAUGAAACAGACUAUAAAACACUAUUAGCAUUUAUGUAUUGCCUGGGAAUAGGAACAGAGAUUGAUAAAUGUGAAACGUUUCGAUAUUAUUUGACCGCUGCGGAACAAGGAGAUCCAGCGAUAUAUUGGUAUCGGCGGGCAUUCGAUUGUGGAGAUACGGAGUAUUCAAAGGAGCAAUUAUAUUAUGUCUUUUUGAAGAACGAUUGA